AACACGCCUCACUUCACACAUUUCCCCAGCCAUGGCUGCUCUCACUUCCAUCUUCAUAUUCUCCUUCUUCCUCUCUUUAAUGUCCACCGAAGCUCAAUAUGCACACUAUGGUGGAACCAAUUAUGGUCAUUACUCUGAGUCAUGCCCAAAUGUGGAGGAGAUGGUCAAGUCCAGCGUUCAGUUCUUUAUUGACGCAGAUAGCACACUUGCCCCUGCCCUCCUCAGGCUCCACUUCCAUGACUGCUUUGUCAAUGGAUGUGAUGGGUCAGUGCUACUGGAGGGGCCUGGCAGAGAAAUGACCUCACCAGCCAACUUUGGGCUGCGUGGGUUCGAGGUCGUAGCUGCUACAAAGGCAAGGGUUGAAGCCAUGUGCCCUGGAGUUGUUUCUUGUGCUGAUAUACUUGCCCUUGCUGCUAGAGAUGCUGUUGUCCUGACAAAUGGACCCUCAUGGGACGUGCCGCUUGGAAGGCUCGACGGGUACAGGUCUGUGGCUGCAGACGCCAUGAGCCUUCCCUCUCCCAAUGAACCUGUCUCUGUUCUUAGGUCCAAGUUUGCUGCCAAGGGUCUUUCUACUGAAGACCUUGUCGCUCUAUCAGGGGCACACACAAUUGGUCAAGCUAGUUGCCAGUUCUUCAGCUACAGAUUGUACAAUUACAGAUCCACUGGUACUUCUGAUCCAUCCCUUGAAAGAAGCUCCCUGAGGGAGCUGCAAUCAAUCUGCCCAGCUUCAUCCUCUAGUGCUCUAGCUGCUCUUGACAAGGGUAGCAAGGAUGUGUGGGACAAUAUGUACUAUAAGAACAUAAUUGCUGGUAAUGGCUUGCUCGAGUCCGAUGCGGAACUCUUUGCAGACGGCUCGACACGAGGACUCGUGUCUCUCUACGCCCGCUCAGGGAAUGACUUUGGUGUGGCCUUUGCCCGGUCCAUGGUCAAGCUAAGCAAUGUGGGUGUGAGGACUCAUGCAAAUGGUGGGGAUGGGGAGAUCAGGAGGCUUUGUCAAGUCCCCAACUUCUAAGAUUAAGUUUGUACUGUGUGUGAUCACAUAGCCAUUGGUUUGGGAAAACAAGUGAUCCAAAUUCAUGGCUGGUUGUUCUGAGUCUAUUAUGCCCUUUGAGAAGUUUGGAAAUUUGUAUUCUAUGUAGUUAAGCUAAAUCCUUCAGUUAUUAACUAUGCAUUCCCACCGA